AUGGCAGAACCGCAGCAACAGCUGGUUGACAUCGACCCGGAUUUUGAGCCUCUCUCUCGGCCGCGCUCAUGCACCUGGCCGCUGCACCGACCGGAGUUCAGCGAGCAGCCGGGCAACUCGAACACGUCCUCUCCGGCACCGUCCGUCAAACCGGAGCAAGGAAUCGUGGACUUUAUCAACAGUCUAAGUUUACUAGAAGAGACCGAGGACUACCCUGACGAGAAGCCUGUGCUUUUAAACGACUUCCACUGCCAGGACAACUGCGCGCAUCCCCAGCAACAGCAUCCCCAGCAGCCGAAUCCCCAGCUGACGCACCCGCAACAGGUGCCGCCGCUCCCCGCCCCGGCCAGCGGCUCCAGCCCCGCUGCGGCCCAGAGGAAGAGCAGCUCGUCUCGUAGAAACGCAUGGGGGAAUAUGUCAUAUGCUGAUCUCAUCACCAAGGCGAUCGAGAGCUCCCCUGAGAAGCGGCUCACCCUGUCGCAGAUCUACGAGUGGAUGGUGAAGAGCGUGCCUUACUUCAAAGACAAGGGAGACAGCAACAGCUCAGCCGGCUGGAAGAAUUCAAUCAGACACAAUCUGUCCCUGCACAGUCGCUUUGUGCGCGUCCAGAAUGAAGGAACAGGGAAAAGCUCUUGGUGGAUGCUGAACCCGGAGGGGGGAAAGAGUGGCAAAUCUCCACGCCGGCGGGCCACUUCCAUGGACAACAACAGCAAGUUCACAAAGAGCCGUGGACGAGCUGCCAAGAAAAAGAUGUCGUUGCAAGGUGGUCUAGAUGGGGGUUCAAACAGUCCUGGUUCUCAGUACCCGAAAUGGCUCGGUAGCCCCAACUCUCACAGCAAUGAUGACUUUGAACCCUGGGGCAACUUUCGUACACGUGCCAGCUCUGAUGCCAGCACUCUCAGCGGUCGCCGCUCACCCUUCCUCCCUGAGGAAGAUGAGGCAGCCGAGGUCCACAUUGGCUACCCAGGCACCAAACUGGGUGGUCCCCUUCCUAGCCUGUCCGAAGUGGCGGGUCAUCACGGUUCUGAAAACAUGAUGGACAAUCUCUUAGAAAACCUCAACCUCAUAUCACCCAAAAAUAACACCCAGGGCAGCCAAGAAGCCCAGACCGCGCUAUCCUCACCUUUGAUGCAGGGCAGCCCCGGGUACCCGUCCUACACCUCUCCCAACAUGGGUCCUCAGCCCCAAGUCCAACAGGACUACAGGAAGUGCCUGUAUGGGCAAGGUGGAGUGGGUGGACUAAAUCCCAUCUCCAUACCGACUUUAUCAGACAGUAAACCAGGAGGAUACGGGCCAUUUGUGGGUCAGUACAACUGCGCCCCAGGGCUUCUAAAAGAGUUGCUAACCGCAGAUGCAGAUCCAAGAGGGGAGCUAAUGCAGUCUGGGGAAGGGCAACCGGUGCUACCAAGCUAUGCUAGUCAAGGACAGAUGGCACAAGGAGGCAAAAUGAUCACUCAUCCUCACUUACAUGCGCACCCACGUUCACUUCAUCAAUUGCCCUCGCCAGCAAUGGGCCUGAACGGAUGUGCAAUGUUGCCCCACGGGCAUCCUGUUCGACUAAGUAGCAUGAAGCCACAACCACACCUGCCUCAUCAUACUCAUUUGGGAAGAGGUGGAGGUGAGGCCGGGAUGCCAAGCUACACCAAUGGCAAUGGUUUCCACAGGCAUGGAGCGAUUGCUCACCACCAUCACAGCCACCCAGAGCGGCUCCCCAGUGACUUGGACGACAUGUUGAUCGACCAGCUGGACGUGGAGUGUGACGUAGAAAGAGUCCUUCACGACACACUCAUGGACGGCGAUGCUUUGGAUUUCAACUUCGACCCCAUGAGCAGCCAGCAGAGCUUCACACACAGUGUCAAGACCAGCACACAUAACUGGGUAUCUGGAUAG